AUCCUCAACUCUUUCUCAUACAAUACUUAUCAUCAUUGCUGCUAGACUACUUACUUCGCACGACAGUUAGCUAUAACUCUCUCUAUACUCACGAUUGAUUCCCGCGUACUCGCUAUGUCGAUGCGUUAUCCCGAUCGCUCAGGCUAUAAACGAGGCCGAUCUCGAUCUCAAUCGCCGCCAUGGAAACGUUCCGAAAAAUUCGCUCGCAGAGAUGAUGCACGACAAUCCGGCCACUGGAAGAAUGACAGCGACAGAUCAGGUCAGCGGGGUAGAAGGGAUCAGGCUCGGAUAAACCAGUUACAAGAGGACGAGCAAGUGCGCGAGUGGGUUGCUCAGGAGGAUCUUUUCGUUCUCAAACAGGCUAAGAAGAAGGCAGAGAUUCGUGUUAAGGAAGGUCGCGCAAAGCCUAUCGAUUGGUUAGCUGUUACCCUGCGUAUAAUCGACCCGACAAGGAACCCCAUAGACGAUGAGAUCUCCGAUUCAGACCUGGAUCUCAUUGAUCCGGAGGGCGUGUUCGAGGGCCUGUCGCAGGCUCAGCUCAUCGAAUUAGAGAAAGACAUUGACACAUUUCUGAGUCUUGAACAGAGUCAGAAGAAUCGCGAUUUUUGGAAGACUAUGAAAGUUGUUUGCCGUGAUCGUCAAAAGACGUCAGCUCCUGAGGGCCGUGUUUUAAGUUCAGUCGCAGCGGAUAUCAAUAAGAUUCUCAGUCCAAAGAGUUAUGAGCAGUUGGAAACACUCGAGGCUCAAGUCAGACGUAAGCUUGACUCAAACGAGCCGAUUGAUACAGACUAUUGGGAGGAGCUUCUACGCAGUCUUACCGUCUGGAAAGCCAGGGCCAAGUUGAAGAAGGUCUUUCAGGCAGUCAUAGAAGGACGAGUACAGGCACUUCGCAAGCAACAAAGAGAGGAAGCAGAGUCUGUGCGACUUAAACUUGCUCCAAUCGCACCAGUUGUUGGUGAGCUUGUCGAAUCUCGAGAAUUAGAUCUGGAUCCAGAGCCAUUGCUCCAGCUGAGACCUGAAGAUAAAGCCCUUGAAAUCAUGGACGAAUCGGUGUUUUUGAAUCGAGUAGUUAGUUCCACUCUGCUUGACAUUGAAAUAUUUGAUGUAUCAACUAACUUCGACCAGGCCCAAGAACGAAAAAAGAUCCUAAAAAUGGGAUUUGUACCAUUGCGCCAACGAGGCGCAGAGAGACCCACUCAAUCAUUGACAUCUCAAGCAAAGAAGUCUGAGUUAGCGGACACUCCUGCUGACCGGUUUUCGUCUUUGUCCAACGAAGACUUUUCUCAGGCCACGAGGGCCUUGUACGAGCGUGAAGUUGCAAGAGGUAUAAGUGAAAACGAGGAGAUAUUUACUGCGGAAGAGGCUGUGAGCGGUACUUCACAACUCCCGUGGGCCCAUAAGUACCGUCCUCGUAAGCCGCGGUAUUUCAACCGUGUGCAGAUGGGGUACGAGUGGAACAAAUACAAUCAAACACACUACGACCACGAUCAUCCUCCACCAAAGGUUGUCCAUGGCUAUAGAUUCAAUAUUUUCUACCCCGACUUGAUUGAUAAGACAAAGGCGCCAACAUACCGCAUUGAACGGGAGCACGGACGGAAGCGUGGCCAAUCUUUCGUCAAAGCAGGAGAGGAAGAUACUUGUCUCAUCCGAUUCAUUGCAGGACCUCCUUAUGAAGAUAUCGCAUUUCGUAUCGUUGAUCGAGAAUGGGAUUACAGCGCUAAGAGAGAUAGGGGUUUCAAGAGUAGUUUUGAAAAGGGUAUCCUGCAACUUCACUUCCAGUUCAAGAAGAUAUACUAUCGAAAAUAAGACUGCCCUUUCGAGGAAAGCAUCUCUUGAUUGUUUAAAGCAAGACGCGUGGUUUCAGGGACGCGCAUUUGGCGUGCAUCAUCGAAUUGUGAUCUUUUAUAUUCAGACCUUCUAUCCGAGCCGACGUCGGUAUGCCAACCCAUUCGGUGCAGUCCGGACGAUCAACACGCGUAUAUUGUCUAGAUCGGGAUAUCGGAGCGAAGUCUGCCUUAGCUCAUUUGUCCCUCCGAUAUACUUCUUGAGAGAUGCCUAGUUGCCGAUCCAGCUUGAUUUUAUGAGUCAAGCUGAAUAUUCUUCAGCCACAUUAUUUCAAAGCCAACUUCCAUCGCAUGCUUUAAAUGCGUUGUACAGUGUCAAUUCUUAGAUAUCGGAAUGCCGUUUUUUUUCACCCGCCCAUCAAACCUCUUCCAGCCAAUCGGAUGGUGGCCAUGCAUGCUGACCGACUAUCCAAACUGUUGUCGGAACUCCAAUUCCCUCGCUUCUGGCCCAGUUGUAUUUCCACUUCAAAGACGUGGCCUUAGAAGAUCUCUUUAGCGUUAGUAUUGUGUGGGGAGCCUCGUGCUGUGGUACUACCAGACUAACUCGUGAGUCGCAUCACUUCCGUUUACGGCCACCCCAUGAUCAAAACAUGCUCCUUU